GUUUGAUAACAGGGAGUGGGGCUUCUUUGUGACGUCACACAAACGGGCUGAGCUCGAAGGGCGUGUUGAGCUUCACCGCCAAAUUCAAACUGCUGACUCCGGUGAGAAGAACAGCAUCGUCUCACACAUCUACUCUUUCUUUCAGUCUGAAUGACCUCUUCGGUGAUGGAUGGAGUGGGUCGAGCCAUGGUUGGAGUCUGGCGGGCGCACACCACCCUGGAUGAGUCGGAUGGCGCAGAGAGUUCUCCCGAGGCCCCUGAACGUUUCCGCAAGCUCCGCUCCUUGUCGUCUCUCAAUUCCAUGCACAUGUCCCUGCGGAAGCGUCUCCCGUUGCGCACCGUCCAGGCCAACUCCCUUCCCGGGAACCCAGACGCUGGGCCUGUGAAGGAGCAACCCAAAACCAGCACGGUCCGGAAGAUGAGCCGAAGUGCUCGGAACUCCAUCACUGGAGUGUACCAGAAGUUGCAGAGGACCAGACAGUUCUCCCGUGAGGAGUGUUUGGUGGCUACGCCAGGUCGCUCCUGCGAAGGGGAGGAGCCCGCCUCAUCACCUUCACACGUGCCUGGCCGGACCCCGAGACGCACCCCCAGGUCAGCAGCCACACCCGCACGCACCCCGGGCUCCAGAGGCAGGAGGACUCCCGACGCCGGUGUGCGUGGAGUGAAACACGGAGGAGGCAGGAGGCAGCUGGUUCGUGUGGCGGCGUUGCGAAGCCCCUUUGCGUCCCCCAACAUGCAGAACCAGCGGCUGAGGUUCGACCGAGACCUGGAGUCGGUGUCAAGUGGACUCAGGAGGCUCAAGCACCUCUCCAAGGCCUUCGAUGAGCUCAUUGGACGAGACGACAAGUCCAAAACAAAGGAGAACUAUGGCGGCUCGGUGAUGAGGAAGUUGGACCCCAGCGGUAAACUCAGCUGCUCUAACCUGAGCCGCCGAGCCUCGCGGAUGUCGGAGCGCCUGGGCGGAUGGGCCCACGUGGCUGUGAGCACCCUACGCAAAUGAUCCCAACUUAGCUCGUCUGUGUGCAACAUACGUAAAGGACCUCUUUGUAGCCAAACGAAGGCGCCACCUUGUUUAGACGUAGAAAACAUUGAGUAGUGAUGCUGGGGGACAUGCUGUGUAUAUUUAGCAUCGUUAUUGUUUGUUUACACGUUUAUGGCUAAAUUCUCCUCUGUAGCUAUACCAAAGGUGUACGUCUUUGUGACCGCUGCUACAACCAAACAUGUUACAUUUCUGAGAACACUCGUUUAGCUUACAGCUCAUUUAACUUUUGUGUCUAGGGUCCACUUUAACGUGAAAUAUGUAGGGCUAACACUAACACGUACAGGGACGUUACGUAUUUCCCUCUUUGUAAUACAGAUGCAAUAGUAUUUCAUUCACUUGUUUUAUACUUUAUUAUGUUUGUCUUCCAUAUGCAUGUGCCUUUUUUAUACACUUUUUAAUGUAUUUUUUCUACAUUCUGGAUCUCCCUGAGAUCAAUGCAGGCACUUACAAUGUGACCUUUGUUUGAUUUGUGUUGUCAUGUACAGAAAGCAUUCAAUAAUGUGAAAAGGAUUUAAUGGCUCAUUGUGUACUGGUGUUUCAAAGAGGUUAAUGGUGCUGGGUCUGUUCAACUGACGGCCUGUGAGCCAACUCUGGCCCAUGAAGGACAUCAAUGUGGCCCUUGAGUUCUUGGGAGCAGCUAAACAUUUAGCACCAGAGCAGUGUUGUAUUAUUGGGAAGAAUGUACUAAUACUAAUUAUGACUUUUAUUUUGCUUAGUUUGAUUCUCAUAUUUUCACUUAAAAAAAAAAUACAUUGUUUUUUUAGUUUAUUCUUGCUUUUUUCUCCUUAAAAUGCUAUUUUCUGUGAAUGUGUUGACUUUUCUUUGUAAAAUUACGGUUUUUAUUUUUGUAUUUUCCCCAACUUUCUUGUACAUUUUCUCCUCUAAUUAGGAUAUUAUUUCCAUAAUAUUUUCACUUUAUUAUUUUAACAUUAUAUAAUUUUCUACAACCUAAUUUGUACACAUCCAUAGACCACCCUUCUACGAAAAAGGGGGAAAUGUGAAAUAAAGCAGACAGUAAACUAUU